AUGGAAUUUCUUGACCCGUUUGAAGACGAUGUUGUAGUUGUAUGCAUCGCAGAGCAGACUAGGGCGGCGGGUGCUGCUGUAUCCGCCGUCGCCGGCAACAGCGGUGGUGCCCUUGUCUCGUCAGCGGCCGGCUCCGGCAUUGGCCGCAUGCCGAACGUAGAUCGCGCGUUUGAAGAAGCCUGGAAGAGGCUGCAGGACUACUACCUGGGAUCAAACCGGCGUUACAGUGAAAAGACAUUUGCUCGCCGCUUCCGAAUGUCGCAGUCUACGUUUGACACGAUCUACAAUGCUGUGUCGUCUCGCGGGGAGUUCCAGCGGAAGCCGAAUGCACUAGGCGAGCUCGGUCUGUUCCCCGUCCAGAGAAUGGUUGCAGCCCUCCGGAUGUUGGCGUACGGCACAGCGGCCGACGCUGUUGAUGAGUAUCUCCGAAUAUCGGAGUCCUCGGCGCUCCUAUCUCUACAGCUCUUUUGCAAUGCUGUUUGCGAAGAGUUCGGCGAGGAGUAUGCGCGCCAACCGAACGCGGAUGACCUGACGCGCAUUCUUGCAAUCAAUGAACGCCGUGGCUUCCCAGGAUGCCUUGGGUCCAUUGACUGCCAACGUCGGCGCUGGGAGCGUUGCCCUGUUGCGUUCGCUGGUCAAUUUACUAGGAAAGAGAAGAAACCGACCGUUGUGCUGGAGGCGAUUUGCGACAGAGAGCUGUGGAUCUGGCAUGCCUUCUUUGGUUGCCCGGGUAGCCUAAACGAUUUGAAUGUGCUCAACAUGUCUUCGACUAUGGCUUCUGUUCUUGAAGGGAAGCACCCUCCCCGUUUUUCUUUCGUUGUUGAUGGGACUACGUACAACACUCCAUAUUACUUUGCGGAUGGGAUAUAUCCGUCGUGGGCGAUGUUCAUUAAGACGUUGAGGAAAUCCUCCUCUCCUGAGGCAAAGCGAUUCUCUGCUGCUCAGGAAGCCGUGCGAAAGGAUAUAGAGCGCGCGUUCGGCGUGUUAGUCGCGCGGUUUCACAUCCUGAAAGCGCCUUGUCUCCUUCGUGACCGCACUACAAUGGCGAGCGUCAUGCGUGCUUGUAUUAUUAUGCAUAAUAUGGUGGUCGAAUCUAGGCGGGACGACUACGAGUCCGGGCAUUACAAUGCUUCUGCAUCCUUCGAGUUCGGUAUCUCCACCAACCUAGCAGCGUUUCAUGCAUGGGCAAACACCGUUGAGAAGCGUCUUAAUGAGUUCACUAGCAGAACUGGUCACUCCGCGCUGAGGCAAAGUCUCAUCCGGCAUAUCUGGUCUCGCUUUGGAGCCGGUAAUGGGUGA